CGCAGAGAGGCGCGCAUACAGUACACUGUGCGGAGAGCAGAGGAGCGGUCUCUGAUUGCGGGCGUCGGGGCUUUAAAAGCGGGCGUCACCUCGCGGCUCCGCAUCAGCAUCUUCAGGCGAGAAGACAGCGGAGCGAGCAGAGGAGAUUCGUCAAGACAUCUAGAGAGAAACAUAAGAAAAACUGGAAAAAGAGUAAAAAUCUCCGUUUAAUCUCAUUGUCUAGGAAAGGAUUGAGACGCAUGAAUUAAUGAAGCUUUAAGUCAGGAUUGGUGGUGAAAAGACGAUUAAUCAUUUGCGAUGAUGUCACUGCAGAAGCCUCCCCUCCGACGCAGUGCAUCGACUGUAGAAUCGACCAAUCACAGCGGGCCUAUGUUGACUCCGCCCACCUCUCUCAACUUACGCUCCUCCCACAACCUGCAGCUGAGCUGCGACACCAUAAAGGAGGGCGUGGUCACCGUUUCAAAGGAAACACAAAACUCGAAGAGUCGGCAUAAAUAUGCGCUGACCAAUAUCCAAAACGCCAUGGGUUUGAGCCAAAACCCCGCCCCUUUUACCCAAAGCCACGCCUCCUCUGACCGAAAACCCGCCCACCCCACGAAAUCCGCCUCCUCCUCAUCCCUCUACUGCUCAUCGCUCUCCUUCUCCACCUCCAAUCCCAAACUGGCCAAAAACGGCACGAACCUUCAGCUCAAAGAGGAGCAGCUGGACCUCAACAAGAACGACAGGAACCUGGUGAGGAGCAGCUGUGAUUGGCUGGAGGGGAAGGACAACCAGAAGAACCCCACCAUCAGGAGGAGGACCAAGAGCUUUCUAGAGUACCAUCGAGAAGAGGACGCCCCGAGCAGCCCCGAUAAAGACACGCAGCCCGAGGAGAAGCACCUCCUGCCCAAACUAGAGGCACAGACGUGGGCUAAAGAGAACCACGUGGAGGCGCACCUCACCCUCCCCCAGAACCACCUGCUCCUGCUGGCCAGCGAGGAAGAGGAGGAGGACGAGGAGAGUCCUGGAGAGACGCUGGAGGUCCACCAACACUCGCUCCGGCCCAAUAACGAGCGCCUCAGCCGCAUCAGAGACGGAUCUCUGCUCAGGAGUCCGUUACGCCUGAAACUGAGAGGAGACGAGCCGGAGGAGUCGCCCGAACGCCCGUCCAGACCCGAAAAACAGGAGGAGGAGGAGGACUCCAGCUGGACCACGCUGUCACAGGAGAGUCCGUCCGAGGAGACGCCUCAGGACACAGGCGUUUGGGAAGAGCCUCCUCAGGUUCAGGACGUGUCUCAGGAGUAUUUCUGGCGUAUUUCAGCCGAUUCCACUCCUCGAGAUCAGCCCCUGGCUGGCGACGCCCACUCUGACCAGGAGGCGGAGUCAGGGGUGAAGGGGGCGUGUCUCCCCGUGCCCUGCACUAAAGCACAGACUGAGCGUCCCAGCAGUAUCGUGUCGGACAGCUCUGUUGAACCCGUUCCUUCAUCAGCGGCCUCUUCACCCUCCUCUUCCUCGCUGUGUUAUGAGACGAUGGGUCGCGCCGCCGGGUUACUCAACAACAACUACCUGGACCUGACAGAGACAUGUGAGUCCCGCGAGCGAGAGAGUGUAGGAGCUCAGGGCGGCCCGUACAGCUUCAUCAACCACAGAGCUAGAGUCCCAUCAGCCCCAGCAGACACCGUCAUCCCCAUCAACGACCCGGAGACACAGGUGUUUGCGGUGUGUUAUCUGGGCUGGCUGGAGGUGCGAGACGCAGAUGUGAGGUCAGUGAGGAGCGGCGCGGUGUUGAGCGACUGCAUCCAGCAGCUGCAGCAGCACAGAGAGACGCAGAGACCGAGGACUCGAGCCAUGCUGCUGGUGCUGCAGGACAUCACUCUGACCCUCAUCGACCCGGCUGACCACACCCUCCUGCACUCUCAGCCAAUCAGCUGCAUCCGCAUCUGGGGAGUGGGGCGGGGCUUCAGCAGGGAUUUUGCGUAUGUGGCCCGUGACGAGAACACGCGUGUGUUGAAAUGCCACGUGUUUCAGUGUGACAGUCCUGCGGAAAGCGUCGCCAGCAGCCUGAAGCAGAUCUGCUCGAAGAUUAUGGCUGAUCGCAGGAGCGUCGGCCCCGUCGCUGGCUCCUCGUCUCAGAUCAGCUCUGAUGUUCCUCUGAGAGUAGAGUUUCCAACACCAAAGACUGACCUGCAACACAGUUUCCACGUGCUUUACCUGGGAAUGACGACAGUACUGCGACCUAUAGGAAUGGACAUGAUAAAUGGUGCGAUAGACAGUCUGAUGUCCUCUGCAGAGAAAGAGGACUGGACCCCCGUCCUGCUCAACGUCGCUGACGCCACAAUUACUGUCAUCAAAGAAAAGGAAGAAGAGGAGGAAGUCAUAGUGGAGUGCCGCGUUCGCUUCCUGUCCUUCAUGGGCGUGGGGCGUGAUGUCCAUACGUUUGCGUUCAUCAUGGACACGGGAAACCAGCACUUCCAGUGUCACGUGUUCUGGUGCGAACCCCAUGCGGGAAGCGUGUCGGAGGCCGUGCAGUCGGCCUGUGUGUUGCGGUAUCAGAAGUGUUUGGGGAAGCCUGACUCCUUGACUCCGCCCCCUUCUGACUCCGUCACCCGCCGUGUAACGUCCAGCGUCAAGCGCGGCGUCCAAUCAAUCAUAGACACUCUGAAAAAGAAGCCCGCCCCUGAGGUUCCCAACCAAUGACGGAGCAGAACGGCUGUGAUUGACAGCAGGUGUGUGUAUGUGUGUAUUUACUGAUGCAAACGAGAAGAGAAACACAGGCCAACAUAUGAAAAAAAGACAAGCAAGAUGAAUGAGAUGUGGUCGGCGCGUAACUGCGCUGAAUGAAGCAUGCGUCUGCCUUACACUAACACAUUCUCACUCAAGUAUUUCAAGGGCGUCAGUGUUCAUGUGGCACUGAUCCAGUCACGUUCAGAUCAAUGUUA